AUUAUUUCAAGAAGUUGUCGUGCACCAAACAAGUUAUGGCGGAAUCACACAGUCCUCCACCAAAGAAAGAUCAAUCUCUUAGAAGAGUUUACUCCGACACAUCAUCCCUGAUCCCUGACAUGAAAAAUCCAAAUCAGCAAAUCACCACCAUCGAUGAAGAAGCAAUCAACUGCGAAUGCUGCGGAGUCUCUGAAGACUGCACACCAACCUACAUCACCCGAAUCAAGUCCUACUUCUGCAACAAAUGGGUCUGCGGACUCUGCGCUGAGGCAGUCAAAGAAAAGAUCAGACGAGCUUCGAAUCAAAUUUCGAUGGAAGAAGCUUUGGAGUCUCAUGGAGAAUUAUGUAAGAGGUUUAAUGGGACGGUGAGGGUUAAUCCGAAGUUGUCCUUGGCUGGUGCAAUGAGGGAGAUUGCCAAGAAGAGUUCUCAGAGGAGAAAGAGUUCUGAGGAGUUUUAUGGUGGGGGGACGAAGAUUGGGAGGACAAUGAGUUGUGUUGCCAGGAUUGAUGGAUGCUAGUUUAAGUACUUAAU